CGAGAAUAAAGUCGUAAUGUUCAGCAAACUCGAUUCAAGGCUGUGCUAACUAAGAAUCGUGUAUAAUCAUUCCUACUACAGACGUAUAUACACAUUGCGUAAUGUCCCCAUCGUGCAGCUGGUCCGCUACGCGAGGGGACAGUCUUCGAGAAGCAUCAAAGGCGCCGCUAGCGCCUGGGUGACUCGACUUUCUCAAGGGGGGCAAAGGAAUGGAAUUCUUCAACUAGCUGACUUUGAACUUCUACGGAAUCAAAUAAUUUAAGUAACAUACAACUAAGAUUUAUUGUUUUAAUAUUUAUGACAUUUUUUAAUCGUUAAUUAAUCAUUUUUCUUUGUAAAUGAUUAUUUUUCUUAACCUUGGGGCAACUUUACCAAUAUGGACACUUCCACUGGUCAAGGACUAGUUCCAUUUUACUAAUCAGGGAUGAUGAACAUCUUUUAUUAGUUUUAAAAACUAUGUUUGUACAUUAUAUCCAAUUUUUUUUCCCCACUAUUAUUCUAAAAACAAUUAUACCCUUAGUUAUCAACUGUUAGAAUUUAUUUUGGGGGGAAAACAAUCAUGACUUCGUAAUUUAAAUGACCAUUCCACCCCUAAUUGGAAUGUGUCAUUAUUUAUUAUAUAAGAGAUGAAGGAAAAAAAUCGCCAUCUUAAUUCUAAAUUCGAAGACUUCAAGAGGCACGAUGUUCAUGUUGAUUGCUAUUCUGGUGAUACAAGUUGAUGCGCGGUGCGGGGUGACAGAGGGGGUAGUGCAGUGUCGAGACUGGAGGGAGUUUGAAGGGGGGAACUACGUCAUGGCCAACGUCCUCAUCCUGGAGAGGGCCAUAGGAGAGAUACACAUUAAAGACUAUCCGGCACUGACCAGGCUGAUCAUCCACGACCAACAAGCCAGUUGCAACGACAUAUCAGCAAACCCCUGGACGACGGUCCGCAUAGGCUCCCGCACUUGUCAGAACGCCCAGGACAUCAGUGAACCCAAAGACGUAGCAAUGACCACCCUAAGACCUGUUGAAUUGGCAGCUUUUACCUUCAACACACCUUGGAUAUAUGUUAUCCUUGGAGGGACGGGUGUAGUGAUACUUAUAUUCAUGGGGAUGAUCGUUUUUAUGGUUAAAAGAAGGUGCCAGAGGAGACGGGUGGAUCUCGAAUCUCAAUCCCUUACAGAAUUCGAUGCAGUUGUCAUGCGGGAUUUCAAGUGUGAUUAACUUUUUUUUUAGUGAUCAUUCUAACGGUUUGUGUAAAGAGAAGAGGCCGUGAAGUACUCGUGCGAGCCCCCACACCUCCCCCAGUCAUGCCAGCGCCCCAACCAGCGCCACUCAGACGCUCAACGAGGCAGAGGCGCCCAC